AGGCUGACGCGAGGGGUGGUCGUCACGGCAACGCGCAGAGAUUGACGUGGGGCAGUCGCCAGGUGAGCGGGAGGCGGCCGGCGCGUCGGUGGACAACCUGUGCGGCCAGGCCAGGUGAGCACAGGCCAGAAUUGACUAUUUUAAAUGGAUCUGGAAGUAAAAGGCGUCGGCACAACAUCAAGGAAUGCAGCCCGGCAGAAAUCUGCACAGGGUUGGAGGAUAUGUCCCAGCGUUGCUUAUGGCCCACGUCCUGAUGAUGUGCCUAUGUUAGAUUUGGGGAAACUUGGUGAUUUAGACAGUGAGAGUGAUUUGUCAUAUACACCUGUUAUGACAGCAAAACCUUGUUUGGCUUCUCCGGAUUCCACCUCAACUGUUAGCUGGGGUACACCCUUGCCAGCUUCGCAGUCAGUGUACCACCCCCACCGUCAGCUGUGCCCAGUGGAAGAGUUGACAGUUCCUGAAAAUCUGCCUGCACCUUCAGAGAGGUACAGGGUGAAGUAUCAGCAGUAUGAAGAGGAGAUGAAGACAAAUUACAAGCAAUAUGUCCAGCAGAUGACACAAAGGAGCAAAGCAGACCCUUUACAUCAGCCACACCCACUAGCAGGUCUCCAGACCCAGGAACCUAGAGUUGAUAACGUGACUCCCAAGGACUUGACAGCUCUUGACGAGAAAGCUAUCCUCCAGCAGUGUUACACCAGCAAACCAUACAGCGAGCAGCAGCACAUGAGGAAGUUGGCAGCUGAGGACCUUGCUGUGGAAAAGCGAAAGCAAGCUGUGGUAGAACAAGUACUGGUGGAUCACCUUUCCAGGGCAGUCAUCAGUGAUCCAGAACAAGAUGGAAGUAGCAAUGAUUUGAGACAUCAGCAAACUACACAUCCUGGCCUUGGAUCCACACCGCUGCGUUUUAGAAAUAGAAAACUGCAUCAAACCAAAGUGAAGACAAGUUCAACGUUGACUGAAAAUCUUCUCUCAAACAAAUUGCGUUUUGAUGCCCGGAUUAUUUCCAACAAUGGACGGGAUGCAUGCAGAGAACUAAUUGGUUUCUUCUUUGCAUUUGACAAGUCUCUCACAGUCUAUGAAUAUCGCCAGUUUGGGAAGAAUAGGACAAAUGCUCUUCCGUUCAUUCAGAGGGGCAUUUACUGCCAUCAUUACGGUAGGAGAAAGAAAAGACAAUAUGAUGUUGGUGAUUUCUAUAUGGGUGCGAAUCUGACUUUUCUGACAUCAGAACAUGUUGGUCUCCCUGCAAGUGUCCAGGUGAAGCAGUUAUUAAUCCUACGGAUCACCGGCAUUGAUGAAGUGGCGAAACGCUCAUUGCUAACCAGUGGUAAUCCAUCCUUGAGUAAGCAAGAGAUCGAUGAUAGAAAUCUCCUUUUGUUUGCACAAGGGUUGUUGAGAGAAAAACUGAAGAAGAGAGGAGUCCGCACUAUUACUGGCCUGGGGAAAUACCUCCGGCAGCGGGAUUCGAGUGGGAGUGGGGUUCUGGCCAAAGCAGAACUGAAACAAGCUUUGAAGGAGUUCCGUUUAGAGCUUCCCAGAGAGGAUUUUGAGUCCAUUUGGCUUUUACUGGACCAGGACUGCGAUGGUAAAGUAGAUUACAACCAGUUUCUCCAAGCCAUCAUUGGAGAAAUGAACGAAUUUCGAAAGGCAUUUGUUAGAAAAGCUUACAUGAAGCUUGAUCCAAGUAAGACUGGCAGCAUCUCUGUGAAUGAUAUUAGCAAGUUCUAUAACCCAAAGAAACACCCCAAAGUCUUGUCAGGAGAAUCUUCAGAUCAACAAGUCCGCUCGGCAUUCCUGGACACCCUACAGGAGUGCUGUGCCAGCCCCAACGAAGUGACUUACUGUGAAUUUGAAUCCUAUUAUGAGGGCCUCAGCCUUGAAGUUGCAAACGAUGAAGAUUUUGCCAACAUCUUGGGAAACUGCUGGGGUGUCUGAGAUUGGAGAACAAACUGGGCGAAGUCAGAAAGACCAUUAUUUCUUUGCCGGUUUUCUGUUGUGCCAUUUAUUAAUGUGUAAAGGCUGACUGCAGCAUAGAGCCCUGUGGUAUCAUUGCAGUCUGUUCUAGCUUCUCAGUUGGGCAGAGUUUAGCUCCACUAAUUCUUAAGAAUAUUUUAUUUUAAGGAGAUAUUUUCCUGGUACCAGAUGAGAUAGGAAGCUGUGCCAUGAAGGAAGUUCGUCAGAUUUUCUGUCUAUUAAUUAAUUUGUAUAGACUGAGAGAUCGGAUGGACCCCUUUGGAGUUGUGCUUGUCAAGGCAGUGCCAGUGAUAUGUCUCUCCCUCUCCCCCUCUCCCUCUCCCUCUCCCUCCCUCUCCCUCCCUCUCUCUCUCUCUCUCUCUCUCUCUCUCUCUCUCACACACACACACACACACACACACACACACACACACACACACACACACACACACACACACACAAUCCUGACUUCUAACCUUUCGUUUGAAGGUUUACUUCUCUACAGGCUGAUUUUCUGCGAGGUGUAUUUUCGUUCCAAGCACUUAUAUGGGAAAAGCAAGUUAGUUAUUACUCAGAAGUCAUGAGACCAUAAAAUUAAAAUAUUUAAGAUUCCAGAAAUUGUAUAAGUUAAUUCUGGUCUACGAGACCUUAAGUGUUGGUGUUGAUAGAUUAGUUUGUACUGUGAUGUGCGCAUGCAACUGCAAGACCAUAUUAUGACAGUGACCGCACUUUAACAGUACUUCAUUGGCUGGAAAUUGCAUCAUUUGUCAUGAGGCUAUAGGUGCUGGAUAAAUGCAAGUCUAUUAUUCCUGAUAAAAAUUAAAACAAAAACUGCAGAUGCUGGAAACCUGAAACAAAAACUGAAAACGCUGGAAAAACUCAGCAGGUCGGGCAGCAUCUGUGAGGAAAGAAACAGUCAACGUUUUGGUUUUGUGGCAGUUCUGAUGAUAACACGGUCUUGCAGUGUGUAUCAAAACCUGCUGAUGUAUUUUCAAUGACACCUGAACACAGAAAAAGUUGGGUGAGUUGGAGUGUUUUUUUGUACACUAGGCUCUGAGUAUCGCUCCCUCUUUUGGAUAAAUGUAAGAUGCCAAGUUCUUUUUCCUUGAUGCAUUUCAAUGAUGCCUUAGUUUACAAUGCAGAAUAGAGCAGGUAUGUACUAUGCAGAAAAACCCCCACAUCUCAUCCUUCAGUUCCCAUCUCCUCCUCCUCUUUAUCCAGCCUUGGCUUUAAUUACACUCAAGUCACUCCCUAUGGUAGCAAGUUCCACAUGGAAUUCCCUCACCAAUGUGGGAAGGGAGUUUCUCUCUGAAUUCACUCUUUUAUUGUGGCCACUAGUUGUGUUCUUUCAUUCACUAUUUAACUGUACAGUGGUGGUGUGUUAUGUCGAGCACUGCAUACUAGUGCUCUAUGUCACAAACCCUACAACAUGAAGUAUACAAGGGAUUAGUUAAUUUUUGUCGAACAUUGUUACCGGUAAGUUAAAUACACUAAUUUCUAUUUAACCUGUUGUGAAAACAAAGGACUGAAGUUCUUGCAUUCCCCUUGGGACAGACAUGGGAGGGGAUCUGGCUGAGUUACUUCAAAUCAUGAAGCAAAUAGAGUAAAAAGAGAGGAACUGUUCCCAUUGACAGAGGGGUCAAGAACCAGGGGACAGAGAAUGAAGGUGAUUGGCAAAAGAAACAAGACCUUUAUACAGUGAGUGGUAAGGGUCUGGAAUGCAGUGCAAUGCCCGGGGAGUAGUGCUUGUAAUGGCAGAUUCAAUGUAGAGUUCAGAAAAGGAGCUGGAUAAGUGUCUGAAAGGCAAGAGCUUGCUGGUCUAUAAGGCAAAACUAGGGGACUGGGAUGAGCUGGAUUGUUCCAACAUAAUGUCAUGCUGUACCCAUUCCGAGAUUCCCUGUCCAGCAUAAUGAGAGGCAGUAAUAUUUGUUUCUCCCCCAGUGUUUGAUGUGUUUUUUAUAUUAUUGCUGUAAUUAAAUUAUAGCCAAUUUUUCAAAUGAAA